GGCGCCUUCCCGCUUCUUAGCCCUGACGACAGAGCGGCGCCGGCCUGAGCGGCUGAGGAGAGCGGGAGGAGGUCGCGGCGGCGGGAAGAUGCUGCACUUUGGCGUAAAUUGCAAUCGAUUAGGGAUCGUUUCUCAGACUCAAGUUAGAAGUGAGAGUUCAGAUAAGUGAGGCUGCCAUUGCUGCUUUGAACACCUGAGAAGGGGAGAAUGGAUUUAUCAGGAGUGAAAAAGAAGAGCUUGCUAGGAGUCAAAGAAAAUAAUAAAAAGUCCAGCACUAGGGCUCCUUCUCCUACCAAACGCAAAGACCGCUCUGAUGAGAAGUCCAAGGAUCGCUCCAAAGAUAAAGGGGCCACCAAGGAGUCGAGCGAGAAGGACCGAGGCAGGGACAAAACCCGAAAGAGGCGCAGCGCAUCCAGCGGGAGCAGCAGCACCAGGUCUCGCUCCAGCUCUACCUCCAGCUCGGGCUCCAGCACCAGCACGGGCUCCAGCAGCGGCUCCAGCUCCUCCUCGGCUUCCAGCCGCUCGGGCAGCUCCAGUACGUCGCGCAGCUCCAGUUCCAGCAGCUCCUCUGGCUCUCCCAGCCCUUCUCGGCGCAGACAUGACAACAGGCGGCGGUCCCGCUCCAAAUCCAAGCCACCUAAAAGAGAUGAAAAGGAGAGGAAGAGGCGGAGCCCUUCCCCUAAACCCACCAAGGUGCACAUCGGGAGGCUCACCAGGAAUGUGACCAAGGACCACAUCAUGGAGAUAUUCUCCACCUAUGGGAAGAUUAAGAUGAUCGACAUGCCCGUGGAAAGGAUGCACCCACACCUCUCGAAAGGCUACGCCUAUGUCGAGUUUGAGAAUCCCGAUGAAGCCGAGAAGGCGCUGAAGCACAUGGACGGAGGACAGAUCGACGGCCAGGAGAUCACUGCCACCGCUGUGCUGGCCCCCUGGCCGCGGCCGCCCCCCCGGCGGUUCAGUCCCCCCAGGAGGAUGCUGCUUCCACCUCCCAUGUGGCGCCGGUCACCCCCACGGAUGCGGCGACGGUCCCGCUCGCCUCGGCGCAGGUCCCCAGUGCGUCGGCGCUCACGCUCGCCCGGCCGCCGCCGCCACAGGAGCCGCUCCAGCUCCAACUCCUCUCGAUAAGCAGGGCCCCCGUGCUCUGCCCCCCGUAACUUAAGUCCCCUCCAGCUCAGUGUCGUCACUCUUCCAGCCGAAGGCCAAUGGGCAGGGGAGACCCCUUGACAGGGGCAGGCUUCAGAGGCAGCGAUUGGGACGAGCCCUCUGAAGGCUGAGUUUUGGCUCCGGGUGUUUUGGUUUGGGGCUGUGCCUGACGGUACCCCGGUUCUCUGGCUAGAAAGCGCCCGCGUUUCCAGCUCCUGGGAAAGCUCAGUGGCAGAACCAUGGGGUUCCUGCUGCAGUGUCCUGGGAUCCCUCGGGGAGGGAGGGCGCACCUUCCUGGGGCCUGUCCUAGCCACCGCUCCGCCCCCCACCCCUGGGGCCAAACACCGAGAAGAGCCCUCGCCCCGUCGCGCGCGCACCCGCACCUGCACCCUACUUCCCUCUGAAGCCGGAGAGCAGCCCGAGCCGGCACCGCGGGCCGCGGUGCGCUGUUGAUGCCCUUCACGGCGGUCUGGCCGGUCACCUUGGCGACUUGUACAUUGCUCUUCUUUUUUUUUGGCUUCUGUUGUACAGUCAGUGCUAUAAGAUUUGUUUUCAGUUUUGUAAGUCGCGCAUUUUAGACCAUGUUGUGUUGGUGGUCUGUUGUGUAGGGUGUUGAAUAAACGUAGGGUUAGAGUAAGACUGUGUGGGCUCACUGCCUCCUCCCCGCCCCCCGGGCUGCCGCCUGUCCCCAAAGGCACACCCCAGAGCCGCGGGGCCCGGGGCAGUGC